AUGCAACUUAUUGAAUCAGAAUCGUUGAUUCGGAUAUCCUUUAGUAAAAGCAUAAAAUUGUUACACUUCAUCGCUUUUAUAACAGACGGGUCAUUUAAAAAAAACGAGCAAACAUCAUCAACGUGUACGUGGAUGAGCAAACAGUGCGUGCGUAUGAUUGCCAAUAGUCCGAUAUUCGUGAAGCAUUUUUUGAGGAUUGCCCAAUCAGCACCAGUGGCAGUUGCAAUUAUCGCUCGCAUGAAAUUGGAUUACGAUCAAUUCGGAUUUGCGCGCUUUCGAACGAAAACGGUAUGGUUUCAAAACCGGAGAGCGAAGUUCCGUAAACAGGAACGCUUAGCUCAACAGAAGGCUGGCGAGACACCUGUGAAGGCUGAAGGCAAGAGGGACAAGCAGGGCUCACCAUCGUCUUCCCCCCACCCCGCGCCACCUUCGCAGACAACGCACCAUUCAUUGCCGCAUCUCUCACCACCUGAUCUCAAACCAUUAACUUCUGGCAACAAACUCUGCGACGAGCUGAACGUGGGCGGCGGUGAGCCCCCAGUGAGCGUGGGCGGCAGCAAGUGGGCGGGCGGGUGCGGUCUGCUGCGACAGCCUUCAGGCUUCCCACUUCUCGGCGUCGCACCACCCAACUACUUGCUGUCCGACCAUCUCGGGAGCCUGGCGAAAUCGAACAACCACCUUUUCUAA